CCUUACUGUACGUACAUGACCGGCUAGCCGUCCAUGCCGCGCCGCGUCGCCUCCUGCCUAUCUGGGCAGGUAUGUACCGGGACGGCAGCAGAAGACUGAAGGAGAAGGAGAAGCAGGGACAUGGAACGGCAGUGGCAGUGUGCGAGUGUGCCGGUACUGUACUGUACUGCACCACGCCCUCUGCCAGACCUCGACCUAGGGCCUCGAGUACGUACGGCGUAAAGCACACAUCAGCACCAGCACCAGCAUCGCACGCCACGCCGCAAGCUCUCAUUCCUCAUUCCUCACUCACCAACCCAGCCAAUCACCCCCCUCCCGUCCCGUCUCAGCAGCGUCAGACAAGAGGGCCCCGUGCGUUGCGUUGCGUGCGGGGAAGCCUGCAAAACGCGGGGAAGGGUCAGGCUGCGGCACGCGGGCGGUUCCUAAAAUGGCAAGCUGGGCACUACCUGGCUCCCUCGUCGUCGUCGUCGUCGUCGUCGUCCGUUGGUUGGCGCGUUCUCGUUCGAUGCGGUCGGUCGGUUGGUUGGUUGGUGAGGUCGCUGAGGUCGUGCUGCCCUGGCCUGUAGUUAGCCAGUCGUCUUCUCGUGCGCGCCAACAGGGAGGGAAGGCCGUGAUGGUGUACCUCUUCUGCGUCCUACUGGCUGAGCCAGCGUCUCCC